AUGGCAUCGGACGGGGAUCUGGGAGAUCUCUUGGCUAAGAUCCUACCCUUCGGGGCCGAGCUCACCGUCCGCCAUGUCUCAUCCACUCCCUCUCCGGCGCCAGCUCUCUUUGCCGCUGCGCCCGGUCGGGAACCUGAGCAAACAUUUCUCGAAAGCCAUUUUGUAUCGGCUUCUGUUGACUCGCCUAAGGAUGAUGGGGCAGAAAUCAUUGUUUUCGGAAUGGAAGUGAUGGUCUAUACUACGGCCCACUUGACCACCAUCUUCGUCUCCAAGGCAGACUCGACCGGGUUCCUACACCUGCUCAAACUGCCACAGAAGGUAUCGGUUCUGAGACUCAUCUCAAGCACUUUUCUAUCAUAUUUAGCACGCACACAUCAACGCCCGGGCGUACGCCUGGUCGUGUCCUUGUUUGCGCGCGCCCAGAACCAGUACCUGUUCCCGGGCAGUAUUGAAAAUGCCGAAAAACACGUCCUCGAUGACCGGGGACUGAUCAAAUGGUGGUGUCGUGCCGUAGACCCAAUCAUUCGUGAGCAUGAGCCUGAAUCGGUCUCAAAAGAUCCGAAGCUUCUGAACCAGACAGUCGAGGCGACCAAGGCUUCUGCGACCGCGUACCUGAUCGUUCCAGGUUGUGAUCGCUUCGAGACACGCAACUUUUUCCCUCCCACGGCCAGAUCCGACGCGCAAGAUCGUCCACGAUGGCUCAGCAGCUAUCCUCUAAAGCAGAUGUGCCAUGACCCGGAAGCUCCGCCGCGCUGCUUGGUUCCUCGUCUCCCCGAUGACCCCAAGACCCGAUUCUUGAUUGAUUUGGACGAUGAGCUUCCCGAACCCACAGAAGGAGAAACUGCACCGCUUGCUACUGGUCUGUGGAAGAGUGUCAAGUCACUGGACCAAUUCUGGGAGAUGAUGUCCUUCCGGCAGGAGUGCUCUGCCGGUCGGCUCGUGGGCUUCCUCUGGCUUGUCAUUAAUCCACCAGGUUUGAUGAACUCGACGACUAUGGCCAGUCGGACUCGCAGCUCUAUCUUAGACAAGGCAACCUCCCACGCUAUCCCCGAGGAAGCUCAAUCGGAAAACCGGCCGGACCAGUCCAAAGCAGAGCCAUCAUCAGAACCCCACAAGGAGCUUACGGAUGUGGAACAGCCUGCAGAGCUUCAAUUCGCGCCAGCGCUUUCUUUCCAUCCCUCGCCAACGGCAUCUAUUCCUGCUGUGUCUACGGAACCCAAUCCCUUCUAUUGGCCCGAGGCUGGACGAGGGAACGUCAUUCUCAGCGAAGCCGAUUAUAAGAAAAUGAUGGAUUGUGUUUUGGAUCAUUUCUACGACGAGAAGGAAAUUGUCGCCAGUACCCAAGCCUAUGUCGACGAGGUCGCCUCUCUAGCGGACCAGCUUACCUGGGGUAAACGGGUAACCGGAACCCAUGUUCCACAGAGCACGACUUCGGAAUCUGUGCCGAUAAACAACCUUCUUGACAGCGGUUUGAUCCGUAAGCGGAAGAAAUCUGAGGAUGAGGCCAGCAAGGCAGCCGCCGGAGAUUCAGCACAGCCUAGCGAGUCGGACACGCAACAGGCUCCAUCGCAGCCAGCACCCGUGAAUGUGCUCAAUGCCGGUCUCAUUCGCAAAAAGAAAAGGACAUAA